GCGUUCACCAAAUCGCUACACCUGUCUCUACUCAUUGUCACGACAUCCAGCUCUUUGCUUGCCUUUUCACUGGCUUGGUAUCCUCGAGUUCAACAGCCCCUCGGUCCUUGCGUCAUAUAAUCUAUAACGCCGCUGCUGGACGACGACCAUCGUCGAAGGAUUCGAGCGUACCCUAGGAGUGGAGAGUGAGAGACCAUAAAACAACCUCCAUCCCAUCUCUUCUACCUCCACACUCGCCUCACAGCCACCACUCCCUCAUCAUGGCUCCCACCGCAAUCACCGACGUUAAAAGCACCUCGCGCGAACACCGCACCGCCGCCCAUACCCACAUCAAAGGCCUCGGCCUCCGCAGCGACGGCACCGCGGAGCCCUCCUCCGGCGGCUUCGUCGGGCAAGCGCACGCGCGCGAAGCAUGCGGACUCGUCGUCGACCUCGUCCGUGCGAAGAAGAUGUCCGGGCGCGCGGUGCUUCUCGCGGGGGGCCCCGGCACGGGAAAAACAGCGCUUGCGCUGGCGGUGUCGCAGGAGCUGGGGACGAAGGUGCCAUUCUGCCCGAUCGUGGGGAGCGAGAUCUACAGCGCGGAGGUGAAGAAGACGGAGGCACUGAUGGAGAAUUUCCGGCGGGCGAUUGGGCUGCGGGUGCGGGAGGUGAAGGAGGUGUAUGAAGGGGAGGUGACGGCGUUGACGCCGGAGGAGACAGAGAAUCCGCUAGGGGCGUAUGGGCGGACGAUCGCGCAUUUGCUGGUCGGGUUGAAGAGCGCGCGGGGGACGAAGAAGUUGCGGUUGGAUCCGAGUAUUUACGAGGCGAUUCAGAAGGAGCGGGUGCGGUUGGGGGACGUCAUCUACAUUGAGGCGAACACGGGCGCAGUCAAGCGGGUGGGACGAAGCGAUGCGUAUGCGACCGAGUUCGAUCUGGAGGCGGAGGAAUAUGUGCCCGUGCCGAAAGGGGACGUGCAUAAGAAGAAGGAGAUCGUGCAGGACGUCACGUUGCAUGAUCUGGACGUCGCCAACGCGCGGCCGCAGGGUGGGCAGGAUGUUGUGAGCUUGAUGGGCCAGCUGAUGAAGCCGAAGAAGACGGAGAUCACGGAGAAGUUACGGGCGGAGGUCAACAAGGUGGUGUCGAGGUUUAUCGACCAAGGCGUGGCCGAUUUGGUGCCGGGAGUGUUGUUCAUCGAUGAGGUCCACAUGCUUGACCUCGAAUCCUUCACCUACCUCGCCCGCGCCCUCGAAUCCCCUCUCUCCCCCCUCGUUAUCCUCGCCUCCAACCGCGGCCUCGUCUCCCCCCGCACCUCCGCCGACUCCGCCUUCUCCCACACCGACGACGACCUCCCCCCGUCCCCGCACGGCCUCCCCACCGACCUCCUCUCCCGCUGCCUCAUCGUCCCCACCUUCCCCUACGCGCAGCCCGAGAUCCGCUCCAUCGUCGCCUCCCGCGCCAAGAUCGAGGGCGUGCAGCUCGCGGACCCCGCGCUGGACGAACUGGCCGGCGUGGGCGCCGAGAUCAGUCUGCGGUAUGCGGUGGGGUUGAUCGGGCCGUCGGCGGUGCUCGCGCGCGUGGCGGGGAAAACGGUGCUGGGCAGUGGGCAGAUGGGGGAGAAGGAGAAGAGUGUCGUGAACGUCGGAGUCGAGGAGAUUCGGGAGGCGAAGGACUUGUUUUGGGAUGCGAGCCGGAGCGCGAAGGCGGUGGGGACCGGGUCGGGAUGGAUUGGGUGAGACGGUUAAUUAACCUGUGGGGUCGGACGCGCUUUCAAUGGGAUGGUGCAAGGCGUAUGGCUUAGAAAACGGUGUCCAGAUAGAUCGUGGUCUUGUACAAUGGAGUGGAAUCCGGAUGGGCACGGCGGAAUAUCAAAAGCUUUUCUGGUUCAAUUAGGUUGUUUUAUGGUCUUCUUGAUCUAGAUUAGGAAUUGAAGUCGUAAAUCAUAACUUAUUCAUCUG